CUCUCCCGUCCUACGGUAUGAGAAAUCUCACAUACCCAUCCGCCCGCACACCACACCCAACCGACAUCCACCCAAGCUAAGCUCACUUCCACGAAGAAAGACACCACAUAGCCACCCACAUAUCCCACUUCGUCACACUGACGGCUGUGCAGGCCCAAUCAUUUUGAUACUCCUGCGUCUCCUCCUGCCCGAAGUCUUGCGUUCAUCAUUCCAAUCGAGUAUCUGCUGUGCCAUAUCAGCCAUCUGCUUUGCGUGAUGCAGCUGCGCCUCCCACGUGCACGCCCCUCGUGGCUGCUGGCUCUUGCUCGGCCUGUUGGGGUCCUCUGGCGCUGGAUUGCGAAGCGUCCGAACAUGGAACGGCUCCAGCGGGGGUGUCUUGUCAAGGUCCCGAAGCUGGGCUAAACACGUGUUCUUCAGAGACAGGUAAAUGGCCUCAGCGGCAGACUCCACGUGUGUCUUCCUCUGGGCGCCUGGCUUGGGCAGGAAGUCCCUCACGAAGAGCCACGCGAUGCCGAGCAGCUGAGAGUCCUCUACGCGAGGCCAGCAGGGGGCGUUGCGCACGUAGGCAUGCCCAGGUGUGUACUUCCACUCUGUGGGGAGAAGUUUGUUCUUGAUGUGCCAAUACUCGUCCCAGGUGCGGGAAAACGACCAAUCGAAAAUGAUGAUGUCCUGGAAGCGAACACCGAUGUACUGAACCGCACCCAAAACACACACAUCCACAGUCGCUCUCUCCUCACACACAGCGAGACAUGGCAGCUUGCCCACCGAGUGCCGGUAUCUCUGGUCCGGUCUGUUGGUGGCCUCACGAAUGGUGAUGUACUCUCGCGGAUCCUUGCUAGGAGGGUAGGGGUACAUCCGCAGGAAGAUCUGGCUGCCGUGGAGGUCACAGUGCUGGACGCCGUGGUGUCUCAUACGAUAGAGCACCUGUUCUAUCGUGCGGAUAAACACCCAGCCUUGCGGCAGGAUCUCCUGCAAUGCGCAAAGGCAGCAAUGGCAGAAAGGGUAGACUCACAGCAACAUUGGUGGCAUGUCUCGCCCACCUCGUGCGUGACGAACUUUUGGUUCUCAUAGGGAAGUUCCCAGCCUGUCACGUGGAUCAUCCGCUGCAGCAAUAACUUAUCUGAAACAACCACAGCAGACAUAGAUGCUCUGCAUCAGCACUACUCAAGUAUUUCCCGCGUUUCUUGCCUUCCAGGAGCUCAAUGCCGCGUGUUGGCGCAGGGCUGUUGCCCAGCAGCAGGGGAGAGGUGAUCUUCGUCAUUUUCUGCAGGGCGUCAGAAAGAGUGUCGUCAGCGGUGUGGCUGACAGGUAGGGCAAACACCAAAUACAUGUUGGGGAUCUGGGGGAAGUCGCCCGAACGGAUCACAUCGCCCCACUGCUCCCACAGCUGGCGAGUCUCUGACACACGCACACAGACAGAGUUGCCCUCGCCCAUCUUGCGCCUCUAUCCCCGCCUGUCUACUCACUUCUCUUCUCGACGGCAAGGUAUCCCUCCUCGUAUCCCGCCACUUUGACGAUGUCUCUUCUUAAGUCAGCCUUGAUGGCCGCGCCAAUCCGAUCUAGGCAUAUAAAACACAUAAAAUCAGGGUGGCCUAGGCAGGUCAGUCAAUCUGAGUGAUUCAGAUGGCCACCAGCUGAAUUCAGCGCCCGCCACGCCGAGUGGCGAAAAUCCCAUACCCACAGCUCAGCAUCCAACACGAAGUCUGCAUGGAUGGAUGGUAGGAGAAAGUCCGAGAAAGUUGUUCCUUGAGUGCAAACUGACUUACGCGGUGUGAGAAUGUUUGCAAAGACGACCGCGCCGAACUGGCCCCAUCUGGCGACAUCUCGGCCAUCGUAUGGCUCGAGCGGCGUCACUUCCUCCUCAACCGUCACCAGAGGAUUCGCUGCGUCCGCUCUCUGAACCCUACCUGCAGAACAAAUACCCAUCAUCGGAGGGACCAAUCCAGCAGCACUGUGCUUGCAUGUUGCUUACGCACACACGCCAGGUAGGGGUGCCGAUUGGCUUCGGGGGAACAGAGCUCGUCGAUGAUGGGCUUCGCAUACUGAAACCUCUGCUCGCUUGUGAGGGGCUGCGUGGCGUUUGCUGAAACGUCGCUGAGCGACAAAGGCCACGGCCCAUGAGCAGGUGGCACCAUAAACGCAGCGGACGCAUUGUCUUGCUGCCCUCGCCAGAGGCGUGAAAUCCACCACGGUCUCUGCCUUCUUCCAACGGCUCCGACGUAUGCCAUGCCGUGUGCAGUCACCAGCAACAACACAAGGCACGCAUUGGCCAGUGCAAACAGGGAAACGCAGCUCAUCAUUG